AUGAAGGAGCAAGUGGCCACUGCCUGGGCAGUCAGUCCGUUAGAGCCAGUAGUCGUCCGACUGCAUUUCUCUUUGUCUCAGUACCUUGAUGGACCUGCACCUUCAGUUGAAGUCUUUCAGCCAUCGAACACAGCACAUUUCAGUGUAGGACGACAGCUGCAGAACAUUCUCACCGUUUUCAUAAACCAGGAAUGGAAACACCUGAAAAACGACAACAUAGUGGUGUGGCAGAAACGCAGACACAGCUGGUUCCGACCCAGCGGGACCAUCAAGAAGUUCCGUGCCAGACUCAGCAUAUGGCUGCCACUUUCAAAGUAUGAGGAAGUAUGUGGAAGCUGCUGGAUUUCACGUGGCUCUGCAAAUGAUGAUCCGACUGUGAAAGGAAAGAUCAACUUAACAGCAAUGAAACGCCACCGUCUCGUGAACCACUCGACCUCGUACACCAUCAAGAAUCCUGCAGGAGAGUUUUUCACUUACACCUCCAGUGGAAAGAGGGUGAUGGUCUCAGCGGUCAGAUCAUCCGCACACCUGAGCACCAAGCAGCUGGUGGAGCUGCUCUUCUCCUCUCAGGCUAUUGGCCAGUGCAAGAGCGCCCCGCCUCUGCAGCAUGCCUUUUUGGCACAGAUCAUGAGAUAUGCUGAGCAGAGACUCCCCACUCUGAAUGAGUACUGCGUUAUUUGUGACGAGCGGCAUGUCUUUCAGAACGGCCCCAUGCUGAAGCCAGCUGUUUGCAGCAGGGAGCUGUGUGUGUUCUCCUUCCACAUGCUCGGGGUCAUGUCUGGAGCAACAGAUGAAGUUGCGACUGGUGCAGAGGUGAUUGAUCUGUUAGUCGCCAUGUGCAGAGCGGCCCUUCAGUCAUCACGCAAGAGCAUCAUCUUUGAACCGUACCCCUCUGUCGUCGACCCAAACAACCCCAAAACUCUGGCCUUCAAUCCAAAGAGAAAAAGUUAUGACAGACUGCAGAGAGCUUUGAAUGGUAUCCUGUUAAUCAGGACUAUGGCACAGGGUUCAUACUCAGAAACAAAGAAGCAAAUGGACAAAAUCGACCCUCUGGCUCAUCCUUUACUUCAGUGGAUUUUAGCAAGCAACAGAUCACAUAUUGUAAAGCUUCCACUGAACAAGCAACUGAAGUUCAUGCACACCCCCCAUCAGUUCCUGCUGAUCAGCAGCCCUCCAUCCAAAGAGGCUCGCUUUCAAACAGCCAGGAAACUUUACGGAAGCACUUUUGCUUUUCAUGGUUCCCACAUUGAAAACUGGCACUCCAUUUUGAGAAAAGGAUUGGUUAAUGCUUCUUAUACAAAAUUCCAGCUUCACGGAGCUGCAUAUGGGAGAGGCAUCUAUUUAAGCCCUAUUUCAAGCAUUUCUUUUGGAUAUUCUGACAUGGGUAAAGGUCAGCACCAAAUGCAAACUAAGACAGAACUUUUAAAGAAAUACAAUGGAAUCAACACAUUUAAGAAGGAACAUCUGGGACAAACCAGGUUUCUGCAAAGCCGUAACCUGAACUGUGUUGCACUGUGUGAAGUGAUAACUUCCAAAGAUCUUCAGAAGCACGGAAACAUCUGGGUUUGUCCGGUGUCCGACCACGUCUGCACCCGCUUCCUCUUCGUGUAUGAAAAUGGGCAGGUGGGAGACAUGCACAUCAACACCCAAGAAGCACAAAUCCAGAAGGAAAUUUUACAAGUGAUUGAUUCAAAGCCAUGUUGAGAAAAACAAACACUUACAUGAGUAUCUGCUCUAACUUUUUACCUGCAUUUAUGAAAAAAAAAUGUAUCUUGUUCAUUUUGAUCAUGAUGUCUCAGGAUUCUGGUCUUCAUGGCUGGUAAACUCUUGAUCUAAAAGAAUUUGCUUGCUUGAAACAUUUUUUAGAAUAAUAUUUAAUUCUCCUCAAUAUAACAGAAUUCUGCCAAAAAAAUAAAAAAACUACUUUGUAAAUGUUUUCAAAUAAAACUUUUUUAUGUUUCACAAUUUGCUUUAAAUUUCUUAUGUUUACUUUUCAGGAAGGUGCUAAUUUAAUUUAAACCAAACAAAGAUCCAAUUAUGUUAUCACCAAUUACACUCUAAUUGUUAAUGCAAUAACUCCGUUCCACCACAAGAUGGUGCUCUAUCAAACUGGGACUCCUUCAGCACUAAAGCAGAGCAACUGUUCUCAUUUGUGCAUGCUUACAAUGUGUUGACAUGACACAUUUACCUCCCAUGGAUCAUUAAACGAGUCACAGAAGUCAUACACAAAGACACUUGCAUAAUCUUAAACUAACAGGGUAGCAUUGUUAUUACGGUAAAAGUCUGGCAACCUCGGCUGGCAGUAUUUUUUCUGUAAAGAUUAUUGGACGUCUUUGUUAAUUUUGUGGAUGGACAUUGUAAUUUUUAUGGGAUACAUUGAAUGUAUCUACAGUAAAAUUAUGAAACAAUUUUCAACAAAAAACUGUAAUAUAUGAUAAUAGCAAUUAUUUUAUUUUUUUAUUUUUUUAAAGUACCAGUGUAUAUUUUGCGGUAAAAUUCUGGCAACCUCAGCUUCCAGUUUUCUGCCUUAAAAAUGAAUGAAUGUCAAUUUUAUAUGGACUUUUUUUGUUCCAUCUAUUCAGAAUUCUUUAAACCUUUUUUUUUUUUUUUUACCCUUGAUUGAAAAAAAGUCUGAAUGAAAAUUCAAAGGUUUGGAACAUUCAGAAUUAAAAUUCAAAGGUUUAAAAAUUACAGAAUUAAAAUUCAAAGGUUUGGAAAUUUCAGAAUGAAAAUUAAAAGGUUUAAAAAAAUUCUGAAUUGAUGGAACAGAAAAACUUUCAUACCUUUAUAAUGUUGUGCUGUAUUUUUAAGGGUAAACACAUUGCAAUUUAAAGUAAAAAUUAGGAAUUUUACCCAAAAAGAACUGUAAAAAAGAAACUUUUUUUCUCCUUAAAAUUUAAAGUAAAACCUUAUUUUUUACAGUGAAAUUCUGUCUAUCACAGCUCCCAGUUUUUUUUUUUUACCGUAAAAUUUACACUAUAUUUUAUGUACCUGAACAUAAAUCAACAUCCAACACAAAAAUAUGCAAGUUUAUCUUAAAGGUCUUUUAGAAAGUGUAAAAGCUGCAUGCCAUUUUUUUUUUUGAAUAAUACAAAGUACCCCACAUUUGCGCUUUUACUUUUUUAAUCACAUGUGGUGCAUGUCAUCCAUUGAGGCAGAAACACAUCAUUAUAACAGUAAACUGAUUCCAUAUGAGCCCUGCAGCUGCCUGUUCUCCUUCCACCUCAGGAGCAUUCCCACUGGGACACGGAUUUUUGAACUAUUGUGGUUACAUUUCCUUUUUCAACAUCAAAUUUUUCUGAUUUUAUGUAGAAUUGAUCAAACUGAAGUGUGUUUUAAGUCUGCAAACACAUCAUUCCCUGAAGAGAGCAACAGGGGAUGGAGCAAUCUGGGUCACCCCAGAAAGUGAUGGAUUAAAGGGGAGAAAACCAAAACUGCAGUUGUAGCCUAAAGGCAGACUUUCUUUAGCACCAUAUGGCUUCUUUGCUCUGAUAAUGGAGUUGAGGAAAGAUUGUUAGCUUUAAUCUAAUUGUGUGAAUCUUUAUUCUAGAGGUUUGGCGGUAAUUUUCUUUAGUAUUUGUGAAACCAUAAAGAAAGUUGAAAUGCAGAUUUAUUUUUUGAAGGGAGCAAAAUGAUUGUAUGUGCCUUUAAGAGAAUUGUGUCCUACUCUACAUGUGGUUCUUUGAGCCUCAUAUGUGCCUGUUGGCAUCAGCUGUCCUCAGACCUGAGUGGAACAAGGACGCUGUUUUGUUUUCGACCAGUGGAGAAAUAAACGCCUUUCUCGUUAUGUUGGCUGUCAUCUCAGAGCACAGAAGAGAGAAUGGGAAUACAGCCUAAAAGACAAUCAAGAUAAGUGGCAAGUUUUUAUUGUAAAAACUUUUUUUGUUUUGUUUUAAGGCUCUUAUUUUGCAAAGACUUCACAAAGAAUUACCUAAAAUGCAGAACAUAAUGGAUGAUUCGUCCAUUUCGUUUGCUACUCCAUCGCUAACAUCUCUCCAACCGAGCAGUAUCAACUUCCUCCUCACAGGGAACAGCAAUUCCCAUCCCAUCCCAGGCCUUACACCCAACACCCUACACAUGCGUGUCAAACAGGGCAGCAAGAUCCACAAUUUACUACGUAUUGUAACAGCUCGCUUCCAAGGUGACAGAGACAAUAAUAGGAUAAGACAGGUGGUGUUCACUGGCUCAGGCAGAGGAAUCACAAAGACAAUCACUUGUGUGGAAAUCCUGAAACGCAGCGUGGCAGGUCUGCAUCAGCUGUCCAAAGUUUACUACAAGAGAGCAAACCAAGAUUCACAACGGGAAACUCCAUCUCAAGUGUUGGAGAAAAGGAUUCCUGCCAUCUGGAUCCUGCUCUCUAAAGAUCCUCUGGAUCCACUGGAGCCCGGCUAUCAAGCCCCACAGAGAGCCCCCCCAGAGAGUUCUGGUGGUCUGCUGCCAGCCGGUCCUUCACCAAAGCACAAGAGACUCUGUUUGGAUGGGCAGAUUGAAAGUCAUCUCUAAGCUUCAAAAGAAAAGUCUGACUUUCAAAAUAUUAAGAACUACUAGUGUUUUUUUUUAUUGGUUGGCAAUUUUUCUUUGUAUUUUAAAUAAACGUGAGUGUGCUGUGCUUCUUUGUUCAUAGACCACACAUUCACUCCUUUUUAUAACUACCCACUUUUACUGGGUUUAGUGAUAAUUAGCAUAUACAUUUGACUAAUUUGAGGGGGUCGGUGUUGUGCACCAUGUCAGGAUGAAUUUUAGCAUAAAGUAAAAGUAGAAGGAACUAAAAAAAACAAAAGAUGACUAGUAAAAAACAACAGUGAACUUUCAAUAAAGUACUCAUCUGCUCAUCUGUUACAACACAGCAG